AGAUGUACGUCUUUUUUUAGGGACUAGGAAGCGAAAAUAAUGGCUUAUAGACGUAGGUUAACAGCUCGAGCAAACCACCUUUAUCAGCAACGAUUCGGACCCUCGUUCUCAUGUAUACACCGUGAUGACAAUGAUUGUAAAAACCCCAGUAAUAAUCCCAUUUGGGAAAACCCAAAAAUCCCAAAUUUUUUCCAGCAAGGAUUUCUGGGGACCCGAAAUAGUAGUUUUUGCAGGGUUAAUGGGUCGAAAAGUUUGUUUCGAGAUUACAGAUUUUCGAUUCCGGUUAGUUAUGGGCCGGUUUUUGCGAGAUAUAUGUCGGCAGCUAGUGUGGGUGAAGGGGCAGCGGAUAAGAUUGAGAUUGUGAAUGAUGUGGUGGAGGUUCUGGCGGAUAAGACAGCCGAGGCUGGGGCGGUGGUGAAUGAGGUGGCAAUUGCGGCUGCUGAUUCGUAUUUUCCGGUGGCGGCUCUCCAAUACUUGAUUGAUUAUGUUCACAGUAUUACUGGAUUUAAUUGGUGGGCAUCAAUAAUUGCGACAACCCUUGUGAUUCGGUGGCUAGCUCUUCCUCUUAUGGUAAAUCAACUGAAAGCAACUUCGAAAUUUACCCUUCUAAGACCACAGUUGGAGGAGAUCAAGGAAGAUAUGCAGAAUAGGGGCAUGACUCCUACUGCUGUUGCUGAAGGUCAGGCACAGAUGCAGGCACUAUUCAAGGAAUAUGGUGUUACACCAUUUACUCCAUUGAAGGGACUUUUGAUUCAAGGUCCUGUCUUUGUCAGUUUUUUCCUCGCUAUAUCAAACAUGGUGGAAAAGGUUCCAUCUUUUAAACAUGGUGGAGCAUUUUGGUUUACUGAUUUGACAACUCCGGAUAGCAUGUAUAUUUUUCCAGUUUUAACGGCAUUGACAUUUUGGAUCACAGUUGAGGAGGAGUGUUCUUGCUUCAUCUUUACAGCUUACAUUAAGAAAAGUCAAGUAUGGAUGCUAUUGGUGGAGAGAGCAAAAUCCGGUAAGCUUAAAACUCCUUUAGCCGCAAAACCAUGCUUCUCCUGGUCUGUCAUUUCAUUUGUACCUGUAGGUAUAUCACUUUUUUUCUGGGCUCUUCCUUUCAACAUAUACUUUUUGUGUACGGACUGUGAUCAGAAUCCUUUUGGAAGCAUGUUUUCUUUUCUUUCGAGACUUCCUUCUCUUAGGUUUGUGUUCCUUUUUUUCUGGUCAAGUGAAAGUUCAUUCUUUUUUCAGUGCAACGCACAAGAAGGUUUGGAAGGAAACCCAUCCGCUGGCACCAUCAAGAAUGUUUCAAGGGGCUUUGCAGCCCUGUCAAUUCCAUUUACUGCAGGUUUUCCCAAGGCUGUAUUCUGCUAUUGGAUUACCUCCAACUUUUUCUCCCUGGUUUAUGGACUCAUAAUUAGAAAUCAAUCGGUAAAGAAUUUCUUGGGAGUUCCUAUAAUACCAGUUCAACCACCUUCCAAGAAUCAAAAACCAGCUCUCCCAUUUUUCGAAAUGCUCAAGAAAUUCGCAGCUGCUCAACAGCAGCCUCUGCCAUUGCCUAUUGAAGCAUCAAAAUCCACAACUCAAAAAAUGCCAUCUUCAUUGGUUCUUAAUCAGAGGCUUAAAAGUAUAGAGAAAGAAGUCAAAGGCAGGAAGAAGGGAAAGAAAAGCCUCAAAAGAUGACCGUAGGUUUUUAAUAUAGGCAAGAAAUAAGCUUCUGGGAGCAGUUCUGGUUGUGCUUAAAAGGUUUUUUGGUUGAAAGUACGUCUCUAGAUACUUUCAGCAAAAGCAAGUUUAAGUUACUUUUAAGCACUACCGAAAGUGAUUGUUGGGCUUGCUUUGUCCCCAUAAAAAGGAAAAAAGUUGAAUACACAAUUUUUAUUCUCGACAUACAUCAUUAUUUCACUGUUAGUUUUUGGGAAUAUUAGAGAGAGCUUCUCAAAUAGAAAUUGUUAUGAUGGGAUUUUUGAGUGAUAGGCCUCCAGAUAGUUUCCAGUUAACCAGUAUUAGAAGUUACCAAUGGUAGAUACAUUGCUGUAUUUAUUUGUAUCUGAUGCAUGAAAGAUUUUGAUUUUUAUCAGUAUUUGCUUCAAGAAAUAUUAGAAGACACUCUUGAAUUUAUACUUUGUUAUUAUA